AUGCCAUCUCAGCCGUUGACUAAACGAAUCAAGACACUUUCGGUGACUAGGCCCAUCAUCUAUGGCAACACAGCCAAGAAGAUGGGGGAUAAUAUACCUGCAAAUGCUCCCAAGGACCAUACGCACGUGUGGACGAUAUUUGUCGCUGAUCCAAGAGGUGAAGAUAUAUCAUAUUUCGUGAAGAAAGUGGUAUUCAAGUUGCACGAAACGUAUCCCAAUCCUGUACGAGUGGUAGAGUCUCCGCCAUUUGAGCUCACGGAAACUGGGUGGGGUGAGUUUGAAAUCAACAUCAAGAUCUACUUCGCAGAUAUAUCUAACGAGAAGACGUUGAGUUUCUACCAUCAUUUGCGGUUGCAUCCUUACAUAAAUACGGAAACCAAAGAGAUUGAACGUACAAACGAUGGGUCCACUGUGGGAGAAGACGAGGUCAAGGCGGUGUAUUUCGAUGAGAUUGUGUUUAACGAACCAACUGAGCAGUUUUUCCAAGUGCUCAUGACUAAGCCGGGCAAUAUGCUUCCUUCUAACAAGACACCACAAUGCGUGUUCUCUAAACAGUUGGAGCGAGAAGAAAUUGACCGUAUUCGUAUCGGUCAAAGUAAGAUCGAAGAAGAGAUACAAAAGUAUGAAAAGAUGAUUAAGGAUGCAAUUGGUAAUAAUGCUACUUCUGCUACAUGA